GCUAAGUGCUAACUUAGCUCAUUACGUUUGUUUCUGUCUCCCAUUACAUUUCCAAGUCUUUCACUUUCAUCAUGCAAGCUCGAAUGACGAUGAAUUCCAUGUUCUUUUCUUGUUCUUGAGCGAUACGUGUUAUGGGAAUCUUGGUAAAAAUAUAAAAGUAAAAUUGUUCUUGUAUAGUUUAGUCUAAGUCUCUUUAAGCUACUGUUCUAUAUAUUUAUUUAAAGACUUUGAUUUCAUUGGAUUAUAGAGUUGUCUCCCGUGUGAUGGAGAUGAAAUUGUUUGAAUCCAAAUCAGUGUCUGUGUCUCAGAUAGUCCAUCUGGGAAGAACAUACUCGAGCCCCUUUUUGAAUUUCAAGAAUAUAAUUGGUGUUAAGUUCUCUCCACAAAUCUGUGCUUGCAAAGGAAUAGUUCUGAAAGUUACUUGUGCAAGUACUUCAGAUAACACAUAUCUGCCAGAAAAGGCCAUUGGUUCGAUUGGUCAAGGAAAACUUUCAUUGUCCUAUCGGAUCAAUGGAACAAAUGGGACAAGCUCAAGACUGUGUUGUAGUGAUAACAGAGUACUUCAUGCAUUUGAUGACGAGUAUGGGGGAGUUAUAGUUGAUCCAGAAAGAUUACCAGCUAACCCAAAUGCCUUUGUUUCUGUACUUCAUGCUUCUCUUUCUCAUUGGAAAAAGAUGGGGAAGAAGGGAGUUUGGCUUAAGUUGCCAGUGGAACGAUCUGAGCUUGUUCCAAUUGCUGUAAAGGAAGGUUUCCAAUACCACCAUGCAGAGCGAGGAUAUUUGAUGUUAACAUACUGGAUACCUGAAGGACCUUGCAUGCUUCCUGAUAAUGCAUCACAUCAAGUAGGGGUUGGAGGAUUUGUUGUUAAUGAAAAAAAUGAGGUUCUCGUAGUUCAAGAGAAACACUGUGCUGCAGCAUCUGUUGGCCUUUGGAAAAUUCCAACUGGUUUUGUUCUUGAGUCAGAGGAGAUAUUUUCAGGAGCUAUUAGAGAAGUCAAGGAGGAAACGGGGAUUGAUACUGAGUUUGUUGAAGUUAUAGCAUUCAGGCAUGCUCACAAUGUGGCUUUUGAAAAGUCAGAUUUGUUCUUUAUCUGCAUGCUGAGACCCCUAUCUACUCAGAUCAUAAUCGAUGAUCUUGAAAUUCAAGCAGCAAAGUGGAUGCCCCUAAUUGACUUUGUGGAGCAACCACUUAUCCAAGAAGACUGCAUGUUCAAGAAAAUUAUUGAUAUAUGCAUUGCUCGGCUAGGGGAGCAUUAUUGUGGCUUAUCUGCUCAUAAAAUGGUCUCAAAAUUUGAUGGCAAGUUAUCUUCCCUGUACUACAAUGUUGUUCAAAAUCAAGAUUUCAACUGUGGUGCCAGUUAAUUGAAGCCAUUUAAGCAAUACUCUUUUUUUUUUUUUUUUUUUUUUUUUGAGAAUCAUUUAAGCACUACUCUGCGUUGCCACACAAUCGUCCCAGUUGUCAUGCGGAAAUGAUAACUGGGAGGAUUGUGUGGAGUUCAGCUACAGGCUGAAUGACCUUAGGAGUAAUCCAUUUUUAUGGAUAUUACAGCUGAUGUAUAUCAUGUAAAUACAACAAUGAUUUUUCUAAUGUAAAAUGUGUCAAUUGUACAUGA